AUGUUCUCCAGCAGAAUGAGUGUGAACCAGUCCAGCCUGCUGUACGGACAGCUGGAGGAGCUGCAGGAGCUCGCCUUCAUCGAGAGGCCGAUCCGCAGGAGUCUCAAGACGGCGGAGGAGAUUGAUCAGCUGACUGUGGAUGAAGACCUGAAUGACAUUGAGAGAGCCGUCUACCUGCUCAGUGUGGGUCAGGAGGUGCAGAGAGCAAGCGUCAUAAGUAACCUGCCGAGUCUCGUUCGUCAGAAUCCGGCUGAGACUUUUCGUCGGGUCGUACCAAAAGUCCGGGAGGCCCUGAACGGAUGCGGAGCUGAAAUCCAGCUGGCAGCAGCAGCAUCGUUUCUAACUAUCCUACAGGACGACAUCAUCCUGAUCCACACCCACACGUACUCCAUCCUGAAGACAGUCCUACUGCACCUGAACCACAGAGACACAGUUGUGAGCAACGCCUGGUUGGAGACUCUGCUGUCGGCCAUCAACGCUUUACCCAAGGAGACCAUCAAACAGGAGGUGCUGAACCCUCUCCUGUAUCAGUCUCAGCUGUCUCACUCUCUUCAGGCUCGUCUGGCCAGCUGUCGAAUUUUGGGAAAAGUGGCCUGCAAGUUUGAUUCCCACAUAGUGAAGAUGGAGCUGCUGCCAUUGGCUCGGUCUUUAUGUCAGGAUGUUGAGUUUGAGGUCCGAGCCUGUAUGUGCCGUCAGCUGGAGAGCAUCGCCAGAGCGACUGGGGUGGACGACACCAGGAUGGAGCUGCUUCCUGAACUGGUGGAGCUCGCUGGAGAUGAGGAAAGCAGCGUCCGCCUCGCUGCCUUUGACACCAUCAUCAACCUGAUGGAGAUGAUUGACAGUGAUGACAGACUCCAUGUAGUGGUUCCUCUGGUGAUGUCCGUGUGCGAGGCAUCAUCGCAGGCGGAUGAAGCUGUCGUGGCGUCUUUGUCGUUCCAGUUUGGGAGGCUCUGCAGUGGACUGACAGGGUCUCUGUCAGAUGAGCAGAGGGGCCGGUUGCUGCAGAGGUUUAAGGUGCUGUGUGUCGCCGGUCUACAGACUGAAGGAAACCAGAUUGACAUCAACAACGAGUCUAAGUUGAUCCGCUGCAACUGCUGCUACAACCUACCGGCCAUGGUGGUGUUUGCUGACUCCACCCACUUCCUGUCAGAGCUCUACCCAUCGUUCUCCAGUCUUUGUUGUGACCCAGAAGUCAGUGUUCGACGAAGUGCUGCAGCCAGUUUCCACCAGGUGGUGAAGCUGCUCGGUUCAAACGUCCAGGUGGUCCACAAAGAGCUUCUGGUCCUACUGCAGGACGACGCUCUGGAGGUGCUGGAUGCACUGAUGAAUCACCUGGAAGAAACUCUGGAGGCAGUUCUGUCCAGAGGAGAGAACCUGACACUGGACAACAAGUUCCCGGAACUGCUGACAGCCCUGUUGUUGGCAGAGCAGAAGGUUGGUUCUUCUCUGCGUUGGCGGCUGCAUGAAAAGCUGCUGCAGCGUUACAGCUGCCUGGCCAGACUGCUGCCUGGAGAACUGCUGCACCAGAGCUUCUCCCCUCGCAUCUUCAUCAUCCUCACCACCAAUAAGGUGUUGCCUGUGCAGAAGGAGGCAGCUCGGACGUUUUGCAUAUUUCUCCGCUACAAUCGGAAACAGGAGCAGCGCCAGGAGAUGAUGGAGCGACUGAUCCAAGAUCUGGCCCAGGGUCGGAGCUACUGGAACCGUCUGAGGUUCCUUGAUGUUUGUGAAAUGGCCUCUGAGAUUUUCUCCAGAAAAUACUUCAACAAACACUUCCUGAGUCCGGCACUGGAGCUGGUCCACGACCCCGUCGCCAACGUGAGGUACAAGCUGUGCCAGUUGUUGCCCAGGUUACGUUCGUCGCUCCGUCUGCCAGCUGAUAAACAACUGCUGCAGCAACUCGACUUCUGCGUCCAGAAACUUUUAUGCAGAGAGAAAGACAAGGACGUGGUGGCAACCAUUCGCAAGACAGUGUUGGAACUGGACAAACUGGACCUCACAGAACCUUUUCAUAAGAGGCAGGAGAGGGAUUUACUGGACCAGAAAAAGGAGAAGGAGGAGACUCUGCUGCUGGAGAUGGAACAGCUGGAGCGACAGCAGAGCGAAGGGAAACUCAACUCUGAAAAACAUACAGAGAGAAAACGAAGGGAAAGCAAGACCAUUCUCUCUGCAACCAAAUCCAUGUCCGUGUCCUCAUCUGGAGCUGCCUUGUCCUCUGGUAAGGAGAUGAGGAAGGCUAAACUGUCACGGAGUCGAUCCCUCAGCAGUCAGCCAACAACAUCUAAAACCGCCAACUCAGACAGACCUGUGAAGGUUAAGGAGCUGAGUGGUACAUCUGGAUCUGGGAAGUCCUCCAUGAUUCAGAGCAAAGAUGACUCCUUGAGGACUGUCCACUUCACCAUGGCAACUCAGUCCACCUCCUCCAUGCCAGUCCUGAUCCGCAGCAACACCACCAGCCUCCUGGACAGGCGCAGUAAAACAAUGGACCGGGGAUGUGGAGUCAAGGAGAGCCAGUCCAGAAAGCUGUCAAUAAACAGGAAGUCGAACUCUUUCAGUGUCCAGUCGGGUCGAGACUGAAGAUGAUGUCAGCAUACCUCCAACAGGCCAUUAGCCAAUCAGCAGUCAGGGAGCACUUUCAGGACAUUACCCAGAAUGCAACAGGACAUCAUCUCUGUCUGACAGUGACGAACAGAGACAGUAGAGCCUAACCUCUAUUUGUAUCUACUGAGCACUGUGUAUUCUAAUGAUCUCAUCCUGUCACCUGAUUGGUUCAGUAAAUUCCACACAUUUAAACUGUGUCUGUGUUCUUAUUGGUCGGUGGUUUCAACUGCUAAUGUGUGACUGGUUGGAUGAUCGCUGACAUCACAGGAAAGGUGUUACAUUCUGUUGGACCAGGUCUAAUAACAUCUGAUCAUCUAGUUGUCACGACCAGGCAAGGACUCAGGACACAGAUGCAGGGUUCAAUAGACAGUCUUUAUUGUUUUCUUCAGGGCGCCUCCAAGUGGAGAAAUAAAUAGGCUAUCAAACCUAAUUCUCACUAUAUCAGAGGCUAUAAAAAAUAUCAAAAUAAUCACUCCGCUAAGGAGGAAAAACACAAUGGAUUAUUAAACUACUAUCUGUAAAAUAAAAACUCCAGCAAACUGGAGGCUCUACUCUACAAAAAGUAAGUAAACAAAACAUCACCCCACAUGGAGGAAACAAAAGGCUAUGCAAACUUAAACUAUGACACAAAACUAGGAAAUAAACUUACAACUCAAAAUCUCUCACUUGGAGGAAGAAGAACGCAAGACUUUAAGGAACGCUGUGACGAAGAGCUGGGGUGCACGCACGCAGACGAAACACACUGGCACAAGACAAAGGGAGACUAUUUAAACACUGGGCAAGGGGAACAGGUGAAAACACUCAGGGCAAUCAGACUGAGACACAUGAGGAAGGGCAAGUGAUCUGAAACGAGAGGAGAGUUACUUUUCAAAAUAAAACAGGAAAUGACAGGACAAAACAAAACCAGGACAAGACAACCUCACCACGGUGUGACACUAGUCAUCAUCACAGAGUCUCCACGGUAACCUGCACCUGUUCACCACCAGAGAUCCAACAGUCUGUUCAGUGUCCUUCAGUCUGUCCGACUGUCAGGCUGAAACAUCUGUACAGAUGUGAUGAUCCUGUUAACUGAUUUUCUAAUACAUUCACGGAAGAGUUUUUAAUAAGACUGAACCAAUCAGCUCUCAGAUCAGUCACAGCCAGGUUUUUUCCAGCAUGCACUGAGCUGAGUACCUAACCCUGCAGCUGUGCCGAUGCCAUGAGGUUAAGGCUACUGAUGUCAGCCUGACAUCACAGCAGGUCAUGAUUGCAUCCGACAGAAAUAUACUAGCAUACAGUCAUUGAACGAUCGAUUGGUUCUGGAGUCCAUCAUUCCUGCACAUGAUUCAGAUCAUCUUAACAGGAACUGGUGCAGUGCUCUGUCUAUUGUUUGGGCAGGAAUAU